AAGCGGGUGAACAUAGAGGAGAGCGACACUUUGUUUAGUUUUUUCUUCAACAUGGAAUUUUACAUACACGGGGAACACGGGAUCCUGCAUUUCAUCAUCUUAGGAUGUGUCGCUGUAUUUCCUGAAUUUGUUUAUUCGUCAUACAACAUCGCAUUAGGAAAGCCGGCAUCACAGAGUUCUGAAUUUGGUGGAUGGGGUGCUAACAAGGUCGUAGAUGGUGUCAUAGGGAAAGACGUAGAACCGCAUGGAACAGGAAGCUGUAGUUCUACUAUCACGACAGGGUCACCACGUGAUGCAUGGUGGCGUGUUGACCUUGAACACAUAUCACGUAUAAAGACUAUAAAUGUCACAUACAGAGAGCUGUAUCCCUUCCGACUUUCUGGGUUUUAUCUCUAUGUUUCCAAUAUAACGGCUGUGGACAAUCUACCAAGUACAGGACAUCUUUGUUACCAUGACAAUAUAAGGGACCCAGAUGUCCUCCCCUCAUUUAACCAAUCACGUCCGUGUACAGUAGACGGGCGAUACGUCAUAUUCUAUAACAGACGACCAGCUGAUAAUGGACCUAAAUCUCAUAUGUACUACUCGAGCACAUCGGCUAUUGUGGAAUUAUGUGAGGUUCAGGUGUAUGGAUGUCCAGUUAACAUGUUUGGACCAGCCUGUAAUAUAACAUGUCACUGUGAUGUGGGUGGAUGUGAUCCGGACAACGGAAUCUGUGACGUCACUGGAUGUCAGAGUGGAUGGAUGGAACAAUCCUGUUCUACAGAGUGUGGACCCGGCACAUUUGGAGCGGACUGUGCCCAUACGUGUCACUGUUCAACACCCGGAUGUAACAUAGAAACUGGACAUUGUACUGUAACAGAAUGUAAAGAAGGAUGGCAAGGGAAUGCUUGCGAUGCCGAGUGUGGUGAUGGUAGAUUUGGUCAGAACUGUAUACAGACAUGUCACUGUGCUCUGCCAGGCUGUGACCGCUUCAAUGGGAGUUGUACAAUUACAGGAUGUGAAUCUGGAUGGACAGGAGUGGCCUGUGAUAUAGCCUGUCCAGAAAAACAAUUUGGUAGGGAAUGUAAACAAAUAUGCCACUGUGCUGUUCCUGGUUGUGACAGAUUCAGUGGACAAUGUACCAGGCCAGGAUGUUAGGCUGGAUGGGAAGGAUUGAGUUGUGACAAAGGUAAUACUGUAUCCUUCAGUUUACUAUUAUCACCCAUAACCUUGGUCCCUGUUUGUAUGAUAUAUACGUUGUUGUAUAUUUAAUUAAAUACUGAUAACUGGAAAAUGAUACAAGCUCAUUGCUGUAUUUUUUUCGUUUAACGUUAUGAGGCGAAGGAUAGAAAUUACUAAGGUGAAUUACGUUGUUUGGAGAUGGAAAAGAUUUAUGACGUAACUGUAUGAUAACAGAAACGUUAAGUUAACUGAUGAUUUUGUAUGCGGUAAAACAUAUUAUCUAAUAAUAUGAAAGUCUUAUGUUGUACUACAUUUGUACUUUCGCUCGGUAACGUCGGUACAGUGUUUUUUUAAAGACAUACAACAACAUAAAUGUAUUUAUAACAACAUAGAAGUAUUUAUCCAAUAUAUUUAUAGAAUUAAGAGUCAGACUACCUUAUUCAUUGAUUUGUAUAUAACAGCAUGCGACGUUGGUAAAUAUGGUAAAGACUGUAAGUAUAACUGCAACUGUGCUACUUCUGGAUGUGACGCCAACAAUGGAAAAUGUAAGGUACCCGGAUGUGACGUCGGAUGGGAAGGUUCAAGGUGUGACAUAGCUUGUAAUAUCAGCUCAUUUGGCAAUAACUGCUAUCACACCUGUCAUUGUGCCGUACCCGGAUGUAACAGAUUCACCGGGGAAUGCAUCGUAGAGGGAUGUAAAGUUGGCUGGAAAGGCUCGGCUUGUGACAAAGAAGCAACUCAGAUAAACAGUAACGAUAGUCAUUCUACCGAUGAGGUUAGUACAUACAGAAGUCGAUAGGCUUUGCAUUGCUGGGGACAUUGCUGUUUAUUUCUAUCUGUUUCAACAUAGGACAAAUGAUAGAUCGUAUGAGAACAAAAAGGAAGAAUUUAAAGUCUGAACAGUCUGACAACGAAAUGAAAUAUCAAAAUUCGCUGAAUGACAACAAUUACGACGAAUUAGAAGCGUCAAAAGUUGGACAAGCAAGGAAUGUUUAUGAUACAAUUGCCAGAUAGGUGUGCUUUAGAUCUACACAAAUAUGACACUUUUGAAGACUUAAAAUAUGUGAAAUGUUAAUCUGGAUCACAGUAAACUGUUUGUAACAGGAGUACACAAGACAAUAGCAUGAUCAGAUGAUUAGAACAAAGAAGAUAAUGAGAACAUUACCUUUUUGCAGUCACCAUCUUUUACAAAUAUACAAUAGGAAUUAUUAGUGUGUUCUCAAAUUAUAACGCUGUGUCGUCAAGAGGUCAGCAAAUUGUUGAAAAUAAAGACACGGGUUCCUGCUGUCAGUGUCUAGCACAUAACCAUCAAUGGUCAGCGCAAAUAAGGAGUUGUGAGGUUUAAAAAAUACGAAUGUCAUAACAUUAAUAAGAAAGUGACCAUCAUGUAGUUUAUAAGUGUUUUACAGUUUAACCUGGACGUCAAACGGAUGGGAGGAUAAAACACAUGUCGUUGAGUUCGUGACAAACUUAUGUAGGGUGGAGUCCAUGUUCCUGUUUUUGACCAGCAGCUAGAGUUCUACACUAAUGAAUUCAGACAUUUGCUUCUAAACAUCGGCAAUGUCAACUCAUUCUUAUAGCCAUGGAAUGAAUUCCAUGGCUUCUGUUUUACGAAUUGUAUCAGCUACAUGAUUUUUCUUUUAAUUGUUUACUUUUGUGUAAACUUACUUUCCAUCAGAUAUUUGCUAUUGAUUAUCAUUGAAUGUUGAAUUGUUGGGUCGUUGUUGUCUAAGCUUAUUUGAAAUCUUCUGGACAGUGUAAAGAGCUAUUUGUAAACUAUUAUACACAUUACGACUGAACAUACAUGGACUAUUUAAUGGCUUCACCUUUCAAUAUAGCUUUACUUCAAGAGUUUAUGAUUAUACCAUAUCACAUAUCUUAUUGAUGUAAACAGUUACAAAUAAAUGAAAUACAUUAAGGUU